UCUCUUUCUCUUUCUGAAUUGAGAGUAAAUAAUAAACCAACAAAAACUAUUUGUACUUAUCCUGGACCAAAGCAAAACUAGACACAUAAGAAACAAGAUAAAACAAAGGGGAGGAGGAGAAGAAGAGGAGGAAGAGAAGGGGCAGAGAAAGUGAAAUUAUUUGUGGUAUGAAAGAUGUUUAGGAGAAGAUCUCAUUAGGUGUUUUUAUUUUCAUUUUGCAUUUAGAUCCAUAUUUAAUACAAAUUUUCUUCUCUAUUGCUCUUGCUUAGUUAUUUGGAUACAUAUAUAUUCAAAUUUAUGUUUUAUAAUUGCAAGUUGUAGUUGUGUUGCUUAAAAUAAAAAUAUAGAAGAGAAGAGAAAGUAGAUUUAUAGAGAUAGAUAAGACGGUCACUUUCAUUGUGAUAGUAACCAGAUGGUUUAUGUUGUUUCCUUUUUAUUCUUCUUAAUUUUCUUGCUUCCUUAAUCACAAACAAACCCUAAUCUUUGGAGAUAUUGAGUGUCUUGUGUAUUUCUCUUUCUUUCUUUCAGAGGUCUCAUUUCAUCCAUCCGUACUAGUACCACUAGUUUCUCUAGAAUAUAAACCAUAUUAGGGUCCCACUUAAAAAACACCUUCUCUACAACAAUCGGUGUUGAUGAAGACCAUGCAUGGAGAUGGUACUGAACAAAAUCAUCAAGAGAAUGAGGAAAAACAUGAUGAAGAUGAUAGACGAAGAAGAAGAGAUAUGUAUGAACAAAUAAAUCCCAGUAAUAACUAUGAAAAUACGAUGGAUUGGGAAGAUGAGGUUAUAGGUGCCGAAGAUCUGUUGCAUGUGGAUGAUACGUUAAUGUCUUACGGAGAUUUUCCACAUUUACCUGAUUUCCCGUGCAUUUCAUCUCCAUCCUCAUCUUCUAAAUCUUGUUGUUCUUCUUCUGCACCACCACCAACUUCUUCUGUGAGUCAACGUCAGCACCAUGGAUCAGUUACAUGCAGGAAUAAUUCAUUUCCAUCAUCAUCAGCUACAUCUUCAGCAUCUUCAUCGGCUUCUUGGGCAGUUGGUAAGUCGGAUCAUAAAGAACGUAGUGCUGUUGAUGAGAAAACUAAAAACCAAGAAUAUCAUGAAAAUCGUUAUGGUAACUUAUUAUCUACUACUGAUUCAAUGGAGAUUCAACAAGAUGAGCUUAAUAGAUUAGAAUCUGGGGACUGCAUGGAUGUUAUGGAAGGUUUUGGUGAAAUAGGUUUGUUUGAUACUGAUGAUAUUUGGGACCCCUCUUGUUUAUUUCCUUAUGAAGAAGAAGAAGGGUUUCAUCAACCCAAAGAAGAUCAGAAGUGUUUGGUGGACAGAGAAACCGAUGAUAAUGAUAACGAUGGUGAUCAAAAGAAGAACAAUAAGCCAUCUGAAGAUCUUGCUUUGGUUUUCUUGGAAUGGCUAAAGUCAAACAAAGAAACAAUCUCCGCUGAAGAUUUGAGAAGUAUUAAACUUAAAAGAUCUACAAUUGAAUGUGCAGCUAAGAGACUUGGUGGAGGAAAAGAAGGAAUGAAACAGCUGUUAAAACUAAUACUUGAAUGGGUUCAAAACAAUCAUCUUCAAAAGAAAAGAUUGAAAGAAGGCCAGGCUUCAUCUUUUCCUUCUUACAGCAGUCAGCAACAGCAUCAAAAUCUUAACCCUAAUUCUCAUGAGUUUAGUUCAUUCACUCCUCCUGAAUCUAAUCCUGCUUGUUUUGUACCAACUGCUAAUCCAUGGAAUGUCUCACGAAAUCCACCACCAGUAGUACCUCCAUCAACUUAUGUGUCUGAUACAAUGACAUCGGGACUUGCAGUUUAUCCACCACCGCCUCCUCCACCACCCAUGCAUAAUUUCAUCAAUGGAGAUCCUCUUGUGCUCGUUCCACAUUUCAAUCAAAGUCCUAACCCAUCUUCAGCGGACUACAUGUUUGAUGCAUCUUCCCAUCUUCAAAAUUGGCGGCAUCAUCAGCCACCAACACCAACACAUCAUUUCUCACUCUCUUCUCAUCCCUACAGUGCUUCGAAUCAUCAUCAAGAUCCUCAUGCUCAUCAUCUUCAACAACCACCGCCACCUCCACCUCUGUCGAGAUCUUUCUCGAACUACCAUCAAAAUCAGUAUCAAUCAUGUCAUCAAAUGUUUCAGGGCAGUAAUACCACUACUAGUGAUGGAUCAUUAAUUAGGUUAGGUUCUUCAGCAACCAAAGAAGCAAGAAAGAAAAGAAUGGCUAGACAAAGGAAGAUUUUUUCUCAUCAUCAGAGACAUGCUCAAAACAAUCACCAAACAACGGACCUACAACAAACUAGGGUUUUGAAUGACACAACAACUCAUCAUCAAACUUUGAAUAAUUCAGCUAAUUGGGUAUUUUGGUCUCCGUCUCCACCGCCACCCACAACUGUUUGUGGUUCGUUGUCCCCGAUGAUGAUGGUUUCGGAAGGUCCGUCACUAACUGUAGAUCCACCACUGCAACCCACGCAGUCUCCUCCUAAUUAUCACAAACAUAUCAAUAUGGAAAACCGACGCCAAGGUUGUAAACCUGCUGAGAAGAACUUGAAGUUUCUACUUCAAAAAGUUUUGAAACAAAGUGACGUUGGUAACCUCUGGAGGAUUGUUCUCCCAAAGAAAGAAGCUGAAAAGUAUCUACCGGAACUUGAAGCAAGAGAUGGGAUCUCAAUCGCUAUGGAAGAUAUCGGAACAUCACGUGUGUGGAACAUGCGCUACAGAUUUUGGCCAAACAACAAGAGUAGGAUGUAUCUCCUAGAAAACACAGGGGAUUUUGUGCGUUCCAAUGGCCUGCAAGAAGGGGAUUUCAUUGUUAUCUACUCCGACAUCAAAUGCGGCAAAUUUAUGAUUCGAGGUGUGAAAGUAAGACAACCAGGGUCUAAAUCUGAAGCGAAGAAAUCAGCGAAGGCUAAUAGGAACCUCCAUGCAAACUCCCCAAUGUGUGAGGGGCCUUCUGCAUCCAUGAUCAAGCAAGCUGUUGCUUAGGAUUUGGAUAUCCAGUAGACUGAUCACCACAACAUACAUGCUUGAUUUCUCUUCGUCAAUCUCGUGCAUUUUGUAUGUCUAGUAUAUAUAGUGUAGAUAUCGUACAGUGAGGGAGAUGAAGAAAAAAUGGCGUUUCACACUUUCUAGAUGACAGUAAAUAGAAUCUUUCAUAUAUAAUUAGCUUCCCUUUGCUGGGAUGUGUCCUGCAUAACUCUAGCAAACUCAAGAUAUGCCUAGGGUUUAAAGUUUAGGGUAAUUAAUUAUGUGCAUGUUUAAGUAUUAAUUUCUUGUUGACUAUCUAGCCAUCUUUUUCUUUUCCAUCAUGACCGUAAUCACAAUAGCAUAU